AUGAUUUGCGAGCCCCGUUCUUCUAAUUCAAACGCUAGACGUCUACGAGCAUUUCCUUCUAUUCCAUGGAUUGACCAUUUGGCAGCUUCUAAAGCAAUAUCAGUAUCUGAACAAAAGCAAAUAAGCCUUGCAAAGGACUCAACUCUAGACUUGGGUGUAUUAGUUCCAAUGAAACCCUGCGCAGAAAUUCCUAAAUCUCAAAAUUGUUUGCCAUCAAAGUAA